AGGCGCUCAGAUCGUUGGGAUGCGUGUAGAAGCGCACCGAAUGGGUCUCAGCGACUAUAAGUUAAGCCCUUUCUCCCUUCAUAUCACAUACGAUCUUCCAUUUCGCUCGUUUGUUCGGUGAUUUCGCAGAGGCUCUUUUUUAGAGGUAAUUUCUUGUAUUUUUUGUCAUCAUCAACAUGCAGAUAUUCGUCAAAACCCUCACCGGUAAGACCAUCACUCUCGAAGUCGAGAGCUCAGACACCAUAGACAAUGUCAAAGCUAAGAUUCAGGACAAGGAAGGCAUACCCCCUGAUCAGCAGAGGCUUAUCUUUGCUGGCAAGCAGCUAGAAGAUGGCCGCACUCUUGCUGACUACAACAUCCAGAAGGAAUCUACCCUCCAUCUGGUUCUCCGAUUGAGGGGAGGAAUGCAAAUCUUCGUCAAAACCCUCACUGGAAAAACCAUUACCCUAGAGGUGGAAAGCUCCGACACUAUUGACAAUGUCAAGGCCAAGAUUCAGGACAAGGAGGGUAUUCCCCCAGACCAGCAGAGGCUCAUCUUUGCCGGAAAGCAACUCGAGGAUGGCCGUACUUUGGCUGAUUACAACAUCCAGAAGGAGUCAACUCUUCACCUUGUGCUCCGGCUGAGGGGAGGCAUGCAAAUCUUUGUUAAGACUCUCACUGGCAAGACAAUUACUUUGGAAGUAGAGAGCUCGGAUACCAUUGACAAUGUUAAGGCCAAGAUUCAGGACAAGGAGGGUAUUCCCCCAGACCAGCAGAGGCUGAUUUUUGCUGGAAAGCAGCUUGAGGAUGGACGUACUCUGGCAGAUUACAAUAUCCAGAAGGAAUCCACCCUGCACCUUGUGCUCCGUUUGAGAGGAGGUAUGCAGAUUUUUGUCAAAACCCUCACUGGUAAGACUAUUACUUUGGAAGUAGAGAGCUCGGAUACCAUCGAUAAUGUUAAGGCCAAGAUCCAGGACAAGGAGGGGAUUCCACCAGAUCAGCAGAGGCUGAUUUUUGCUGGAAAGCAGCUCGAGGAUGGACGUACUUUGGCAGAUUACAACAUCCAGAAGGAAUCAACCCUGCAUCUUGUGCUCCGUCUGAGGGGAGGUAUGCAGAUCUUUGUCAAAACCCUCACUGGUAAGACUAUUACCCUGGAGGUUGAGAGUUCGGACACCAUUGACAAUGUGAAGGCUAAAAUCCAGGAUAAGGAGGGCAUUCCCCCAGACCAGCAGAGGUUGAUUUUUGCUGGCAAGCAGUUGGAGGAUGGGCGAACUCUGGCGGAUUACAAUAUUCAGAAGGAGUCGACUCUCCACCUUGUGCUCCGUCUGAGGGGAGGUAUGCAGAUCUUUGUUAAAACCCUCACCGGCAAAACUAUUACUCUGGAGGUUGAGAGUUCUGAUACCAUUGAUAACGUCAAGGCCAAGAUCCAGGAUAAGGAGGGCAUUCCACCAGACCAGCAGAGGUUGAUUUUUGCCGGCAAGCAGUUGGAGGAUGGACGAACUCUGGCGGAUUACAAUAUCCAGAAGGAGUCGACUCUCCACCUUGUGCUCCGCCUGAGGGGAGGUAUGCAGAUCUUUGUUAAAACCCUCACCGGCAAAACUAUUACUCUGGAAGUUGAGAGUUCUGAUACCAUUGAUAACGUCAAGGCCAAGAUCCAGGACAAGGAGGGCAUUCCACCAGACCAGCAGAGGUUGAUUUUCGCUGGUAAACAAUUGGAGGAUGGCCGUACAUUGGCUGACUACAAUAUCCAGAAGGAGUCGACCCUACACCUUGUGCUGCGUCUCAGGGGUGGUAUGCAGAUAUUUGUGAAGACAUUGACUGGGAAAACUAUUACUCUGGAGGUGGAGAGCUCUGAUACCAUAGAUAAUGUGAAGGCCAAGAUCCAGGAUAAGGAGGGUAUCCCUCCUGACCAGCAGAGGCUGAUUUUUGCUGGGAAGCAGCUUGAGGAUGGGCGAACUCUGGCCGAUUACAACAUUCAGAAGGAGUCGACUCUCCACCUGGUGCUGCGUCUUCGUGGGGGAUUCUAAUCUGUGUCGGUGGCUUUGGUUGUUUAGUUCACUUUCGUUUAAAAGACUAGUACUACAUAUUUCUGUUAUGUUUAGAUAUUAUCGUAUUUUAGUUAUUUUAAUUUCUAGCUAAGCUUGUGGAUUGCCACAAUGGGCAUUCUAUCUGGCCUGGCAAACGUUAAAUUUGGGAUAGUAUCAUAUGAAACUCUAGUAGUGGUAUAAUGUGAAUAAAUAUGAUGCUUAUGAAUAUAUAUAUAGUAUGCUUAUGAAUA